AAAAACAACGAAAGAGCUAGAUUAAUCGAAUGAGAUUACUAAAUCUUUAAAUGUUAUCAUUUUAAUAUUUAAAAAAAAAGAUAACAGCUGAAUUCCAGUACUUUAAUCUCAAAUUUGGAUUAAAAUAUUUUGAUUUCCGGUGUUGGAUUAUCAUUGAUGGUUAUUCCUAGUGGCGUCAUGAAUUGGAUUAUCGAGUACACGUUCCUGUUGUUGCUGUUACCUGGGCUUACCUGCACGGAUGGCUUAAAGUCGGAGACCCCGGAGAAAUUAACGAAAUCCACUGUUAUGGGCAAAACAAUGAUUCAAGCUAAAUCCAGCAGAAACGACCUCAAGAUCACUCCGCCUAACUACGACACAGAAGAACCAGUGCGAAUCCAGGUUCUGUUAUACGUGUCCAGUAUUGAUGACGUGAACGAGGCUAACAUGGACUUUACAGUCGGCAUUCUGCUCCACCUCAGGUGGGUAGAUAGCCGGUUCAACUCCAAUUACGCCGAUAAUUAUUUCAAGACGCAUAACUCCUCCAUCGACUUCGACUCUGAGAACAUCAAACAGGUCUGGGUGCCGGAUAUUUUCUUCCCCAACGAGAAGCGGGGGUCGUUCCACAACAUUAUGUCCCAGAACCAGAUCAUGUCCCUGAACCCUAACAGUACUCUACUGUAUAUCUCCAGACUGACCAUGACCCUAAGCUGUCCUAUGGAUCUCAAGAACUACCCAUUUGAUAAGCAGAUAUGCACCGUAUUGAUCAUGAGCUUCGGUUACACUUACAGAGAUGUGGAGUUUGAGUGGAUGAACGGGACUGAGGCCGUGGAGAUUCAAACGGAAUCGCAUUUCAAGCCAAUCAUCGUCAACAGUGAUGUGAUGUUGCCGCAGUUUGAAAUCAAGGACGUUCGCGCUAACUUCUGCAACCGCCGCUACCACCAGAGGGAAGGUAACCAUAGCUGUCUGCAAGCCGAGUUUCACCUGGCCAGGAACAUCGGCUUCUACAUGGUCCAGAUGUACAUCCCCAGCGUGCUCAUCGUCAUGCUCUCCUGGAUCUCCUUCUGGCUCAACGUCAACUCGGUGCCUGGUCGGGUCUCGCUGGGUCUGCUCACGGUGCUCACCAUGACCACACAGAGCUCUAACGUCAACGCAGCUUUACCGAAGGUCUCCUACACCAAGGCCAUUGACGUCUGGAUGUCCACCUGUCUCGUGUUCGUCUUCGCCGCCCUCCUCGAGUUCGCCGUCGUCAACGUCUUGAGCCGGAAAGACACAAUUCUUGGGUUCUCUUUACGGGGACUAUUCUCAAUACCUAAAGACACAGAAGCAGAGGAGGGGGCUUUAACGGCGCCGGAGGCGUCGCCUACUUUGGAUAACUUCAAGAAAGAUACUUCAGGUAAAAAAUUGUUUGCCAAGCGAGGCAUUGUGUAUGCGGAGUAUGUCGACGUCAUCGCCCGCUUCCUGUUUCCGGUAUGUUUUUCCGUGUUCAUCAUGAGCUACUGGCUACAUUACGUCAACGCCGAUUGACAUGAUACAACGAUUUAUCCUUUCCUGGCAGUCUCUUCCACAAGCUGGUUCAUCAUCUCGAUACUAAGUUUCACUCAUUUUCUAAGCGGAAAUCAAAUUCUAUCAGAAUAUAGGCCCUAUGUGAAUGUAUGCGGAAAUAAUAUUCUGUUAGCAUAUAGGCCCUAUGUGAAUGUAUGCGGAAAUAAUAUUAUGUCAGUAUGUAGGCCCUAUGUGAAUCUAUGCGGAAAUCAAAUUCUGUCAGUAUAUAGGUCAUAUGUGAAUAU